GGCUGCAGUCAGACACUCAGAGGGAAUCGGCUCUCCUUUUGAAUCCUGUUCAUCUUCAGUCUAUUGCACUGCUCAAGAUUUGACAAUGUCCAUCAACAGAAAGACAAGGUCUGUUUCAGGCUAUGUAACUAGCAGCAGCAGGAGGUCUCUUGCCGCACCAGUCGGUGGCAGCUACACCAUCUCAAAGAGAAGCACUUUUGGCGUUGGUUCGGCUCCUAGUGCUGGCUUUAGUGCUGGUAGUGCUUAUGGCUUCACUUCCAGCCAAGGGGGUGGCAGUUAUGGCAGCUUUGGCCAAGGCGGAGGUGCUUUCCCACCACAGAUCACAGCUGUCCAAGUCAACCAGAGCCUGCUGGCCCCACUGAACCUGGCGAUUGACCCCACCAUACAGGUUGUCCGAACCCAGGAGAAGGACCAGAUCAAGACCCUCAACAACCGCUUCGCCUCCUUCAUCGACAAGGUCAGAUUCUUGGAGCAGCAGAACAAGAUGCUGGAGACCAAAUGGAGCCUCCUGCAGGACCAGACCACCACCCGCUCCAACAUCGAGGGCAUGUUCGAGGCCUACAUCUCAAACCUGCGCAGACAGCUCGAUGGGCUGGGCAACGAGAAAGUCAAGCUGGAGGGAGAACUCAGGAACAUGCAAGGCCUGGUUGAGGACUUCAAGAGAAAGUACGAGGAUGAAAUCAACAAGCGUGCAGCUGCAGAGAACGAGUUUGUACUCCUGAAGAAGGAUGUCGAUGCUGCCUACAUGAACAAGGUGGAGCUGGAGGCCAGGGCUGAUGCUCUUCAGGAUGAGAUCAACUUCCUCAGGGCUGUCUAUGAGGCUGAGCUUCGCGAGCUGCAGGGCCAGAUCAAGGACACCUCUGUCGUUGUGGAGAUGGACAACAGCCGUAACCUUGACAUGGACGCAAUUGUGGCUGAAGUGCGCGCUCAGUAUGAGGAUAUUGCCAACCGCAGCAGAGCUGAAGCAGAGAGCUGGUACAGACAGAAGUACGAGGAGAUGGAGUCUUCAGCUGGACAGUAUGGUGACGAUCUGCGCACGACCAAGGCUGAGAUCUCUGAGCUGACCCGCAUGAUCUCCCGUCUUCAGAAUGAGAUCGAGGCUGUCAAAGGACAGAGGGUAAACCUUGAGGCCCAGAUCGCAGAGGCCGAGGAGCGUGGUGAGCUGGCAGUGAAGGACGCCAAGCUCCGCAUCAAGGACCUGGAGGAUGCUCUGCAGAGAGCCAAGCAGGACAUGGCCCGCCAGGUGCGUGAAUACCAGGAGCUGAUGAACGUCAAACUGGCCCUGGACAUCGAAAUCGCAACCUACAGGAAACUGCUGGAAGGAGAGGAGGACAGACUCGCCACCGGCUCCAACGCAACCAUUCAUGUGCAGUCCUCUGGAGGAGUUUCCAGCUCCAGCAGUGGUGGAUACGGCUAUGGUGGCAGCAUGGGUGGUAGUUAUGGUGGCAGCAGCAUCAGUGGAGGUUAUGGUGGCACCAUCACCAAGUCCACAGUCACAUCAACCAGCAACAGGAGGGUCUAUUAAAAAAGGAGAGCCGUCCCUCUUCCCCUUCAGAAACUCUUGACAUUCAUCAAGCUGCGAUCCUUCAGGGUGCUAAGUGAUACUGUUAUUAAUGUUUGACAAGAAGGUUGAAUAUCCCAAAAAUCUGAUUCUUUUAAAUACAUAUAUCAAAAUUGUGUUACACUGCCAUCAUGUGUUUUAAGGAUCACUGGUUGUUUUCAGCAUGAUUUAACAAGAGUUUCUGAAGGUAAAGUUUAAACACACAAGACCAAGGUCAGUUAGUGCAAUGAAAUUUGAUAUGUCUGUGCACUGACAUAAGAAAAAAUGGCAAAAUAACAAGGGUGUUGAAACUAAGCAAGGAAGGAGAGAACAGGGAAAGUUGUGUUAUUGGAUAUCAGUAAUAAUAGCAAGUCAUAGACCAAAUCCGAUCAUAACAGAAUAGGAAAAUUAUACAUUUGUGUGACGUUACGUGUUUGCAUUUAAACUUUAAAGUGUUUCAUCACUGGCUUGUUCCCUUUUACUGCUCUGUCAAAUGUUUCCUUGCUUGGUUUUGCCUUUCCUUGCCUCCAAGUUAAACUAUGUUGAAACCAGAUUUAUUUUGUAAAAGCCUUUGCAGCAGCAACAUGACAUUGAAUGAAUCUGAAUAAAAUAAAUCUGAGAACCAAA